CCCGACAAUUUAGUGCAGAUGCUGAACAACGAGCCAAGGAGAUCAAGAAACUUCAUGAAGAAGUUCGUGAGAAGCUACAACGUUAAACCAUUAGGUAUAAGGCUCAUCAUGACAAGCACCGAAAAAAGAGCAGAUGGUCCUUUUCAGAUAAUGGAGAAAAUCAAUGAUAAUGCCUACAAGAUCAAACUUCUAGUAUCGGCUCCUACGCCAUUAACUCUCAAGGGUUUGCUUUGGAUUGGGCGUGAGGUUUUACAAUGCACUUCUAGAAGCACUUUGGUGGCGGUAUUUCGACUCUUCAUUGGGAAAUUUGUUGUGGUUUACUUUGAUGAUAUCCUGAAAUGUUCAUUCCUCACUACAAGUGUGACAUUUCUUGGAUACAUCAUCACUGCUCAAGGUAUCAAGAUGGACCCCAGUAAGAUUGAUGCUAUUGUCAACUGGCCUACACCAACAUUGAUGCAUGAUGAUCAAAGCUUCCAUGGCCUGGCAUCUUUUUACCAGAGAUUUAUCAAGAAUUUUAGUUCUAUUGUUGCCCCAAUCACCGAUAGCCUUAAGGGUGACAAAUUUUCAUGGAGUGGCAAAGCCCAACAGAGUUUUGAAGAAUUAAAGAGGAAGCUCACUGAAACCUUUGUACUUGCACUUCCCAACUUUGACUUGAUGUUUGAAGUAGAUUGUGAUGCUUCUAAUGUUGGAAUUGGUGUAGUGUUAAGUCAAGAAGGUCGAUCCAUUGCCUUCUUUAGUGAAAAGUUGAAUGACACAAAGCUCAGAUAUUCCACCUAUGACAAAGAAUUCUAUGCAAUUGUUCCAACCUUAGAGCAUUGGAGUCAUUAUCUUCUUUCAAAAGAAUUCAUCUUGCACUCUGACCAUGAGGCAUUGAAGCACUUGAAUUCUCAACAGAAGAUCAGUCGUCAACAUGCUGCUUGGAGUGAAUUUCUACAAGCUUAUCCUUUCCUCCUCAAAUACAAAUCUGGAGUCCAGAAUCGUGUAGUUGAUGCUCUGAGUCGCCGACAUGCCUUGCUUACUUCCUUACAGAUGAAAGUUGCUAGAUUUGAAGUGAUCAAGGAGUUGUAUGAGGAUGAUCCUGAUUUUAGCAACAUUUGGCAAGCCACUUCUAAUCAAUCCUUUCAAGAGAUUGUGCGUGUACAUGGAGUUCCAAAGACCAUCACUUCAGAUAGAGAUGUGCAGUUCAUGAGUCAUUUUUGGAGGACUUUAUGGAGAAAGAUGGGCACUCAACUCCAUUCUAGUUCUACUAGCCAUCCCCAAACCGAUAGGCAAACUAAAGCUAUCAAUAAGAUUUUGGAGAAUAUACUACGAAGUUUUGUGGGAAAAAAAUUACGACAAUGGGAUCUUGUGCUUGCCCAAGCUGAGUUUGCCUACAACAACUCUUCGAAUCAAGUUACGGGAAAAUGCCCAUUUGAAGUAGUAUAUGGAGUGCGUCCUCUCAGUCCUUUAAAUCUUGCUCCAUUGCCCACAUCCCGACAAUUUAGUGCAGAUGCUAAACAACAAGCUAAGGAGAUCAAGAAACUUCAUGAAGAAGUUCGUGAGAAGCUACAACGUCAAACCAUUAAGUAUAAGGCUCAUCAUGACAAGCAUGAAAGAAGGUUGUGUAUAAAGAAGGAGAUUGGGUUUGGAUACACCUUCGAAAGGAAAGGUUUCCUAAUCGACCUAAUAUCAAACUCUCCCCUAGAGCAGAUGUUGACCUAUCUCCUUACUAUGAGGAUCAUGAGCAUUGAACUCAAACUUGAGGAUGAGUUUUCUCCAACCAAGGGAGAAUGCACCGGGGGAAAGCACCACGAAAGCACCACGACAAUGCACCACGACAAUGCACCAGGACAAUGCACCAGGAUUGCAAGUCUUACCAACCUAAGUGGUGAACCUAACAAUCAAAUUCAUCGUAGUGGAAUUCUAAAUUUCGCCAAAAUCGGUGUUUCGAUAUCGGCUCCUACGCCAUUAACUCUCAAGGGUUUGCUUUGGAUUGGGCGUGAGGUUUUACAAUGCACUUCUAGAAGCACUUUGGUGGCGGUAAGAAGGAAAUUGCCGCAACUUAGUGCCAAAUGGAGCGACAAGGCGUGGGCUUAAGGGCUUUUCCCUGAACUUUUCCAAAAAAGACAAGCUUGUAUGGUUUGUGGAUUGUCUAUAUACAAUAAUUUCGAUUUGGCUCAAUGAUAUGCACACAGCAAUCAGGAUUUCCCUCAAAUGGCUACUGUUGUUGUAGUGUAGGUUAAAAUCACUAUUACCUGCUGUUUUUGAAUUGAAGGGAAGCCUAACUUUUACAUGCAAAAUAGUUAAAUCCUCAUUAUAAGAAAACUAUGUCCUUGUUGUGAAACUAAAAUACCUGUUGUAUUGCGUGCUAUCAUGACUCUUCUUAUUGAUGACCCUUUUGCUGAUUUGCUCCCUCUUGUCCUUGUCGCACACCCUGCACCUUGAAUAAGUGUUCUUAAAUAUUGUUGAAUUUUGAGGCUCUUUUAAACACUUAUCCUUAUCUCUGGACAUACCUAUAUAUGUCUUUUUGCACAGGUGUGGAUAUUUAAAUGGAUGACUUGCUUCUGACAAAAUCGAGUUUGCAUCUGUUUGAUUAAUCGGAUGAUUGAGUAAGAAUGAAUCUUGGGUGGUGCUGAACAUGCUUAGGCAUAGUCAAACUAAGUCCAUAGGGCCCUUAAAUACCAUUCAUUGGUCUGAAUGACAUUAUAAACAUGAGACUAAGGGACUUGUCUAGUGUUUUAUACCAGCACUUAUCUUUAAUAUGGGUUUGGAGCGUCGAAUCUACUAUGAUGAAUUUGCAAUUUGUAUAAAUGCAUUGAAAUGAAGAGUGUUUCUGCUUUACUGUUUGACCUCUCUCUGUAUUGCUGGUUUCGAUUGUCAUAGUCUUGUCAAUUGAAAUUAGUAAUUCUUCACUUUUCUUUUUGCUAAUGCAAUGAACUUUCUCUUGUUCA